CGUGGCUAGCUUAAUAUCUAUUCAGGAAGAAGCGGGUCUGAUUAGCUUAGCUAGUCUAGAUUACUAAAAAAAAAAAAAAAAAAAUCUUUACAGUGCAAAAAUGGCGUCGGUCAACCCGUUUGAUCUCAGUGAUUCAGAGGAAGAGGCUGAACGGCGCCCCAAUGAAACAGUUGACACAGAGAGAAGCCCGAGUGACGGGGCGCCAGGGCCGCCGCCAGGCAACCUGUUCUCUCCGCCUGCGGACGCCGAGCCUCCGACGCUCCUGCUGUCUAGCAACCGGACGAGCCCCAGCGGUGAGGGCAUCUCGGUCUCGGUCGCGGCCACCUCCGCUAUGGCUGGCAGUGCCGAGGCACGGGUAUCUGUGGAUGUUAUUGCUGCUCAGCUAUUACGGGACCAGUACAUCCUCACGGCCCUGGAGUUUCACACCGAACUGUUGGAAGCAGGCAGAGAGCUUCCGAGGCUGCGGGAUUAUUUCUCCAACCCUGGCAACUUCGAGCGACAGAGCGGCACUCCGCCUGCCAAAGACCAGGUACUCGGACCUGGAGGACCACUGAAUCGAGCAGGCAGCAUCAGCACCUUGGACUCUCUGGACUUUGCCCGUUACUCAGAUGACGGCAACCGAGAGUCGGACGAGCGGGUGGCAGUGCUGGAGUUUGAGCUACGGAAAGCAAAGGAGACCAUUCAGGCUCUGCGCGCCAACUUGACUCAGGCAGCAGAGAGCGAAGUGGCCUCUCAGGAGAGAAAAAACUUCAAGUCAAGUCCUGAAAUUCAGGAGCCUAUACGCCAACUGGAGAAACGAGCCUUAAACUUCCUUGUGAAUGAAUAUUUAUUGAAAAAUGAAUACAAACUCUCAUCCAUCACCUUCUCUGACGAAAACGAUGAUCAGGACUUUGAGUUGUGGGACGAUGUCGGCCUCAACAUUCCAAAACCACCUGACCUGUUACAUCUAUACAGAAACUGUGGUACCCCCCUCCCUUCUCCUCGGGACACGGUGGAUGUGUCAGUAGGGGUGAACUUUGGCGAUCUUCCAGGAAACUGCAUCCCCCAAGAUCCCCCAAAGAAGCCUGACCUCUUACAGCAGCAACAGACAGAAGUCGUCCAAGAGUUGGAGUACCAGAUAAGCCUCCUCAACAAUGAGAAGCAGAGCCUAGCUGAGCAGAUCAAGAAACUGCAGAGUGAGAUUCAGACACUGAAGAGGACUGUCUCCUCCCCACCUCCGGCCACUCUGGACCUGUGCUCCCAGAAUACAUCUAACUCCUCCUCCAACACCACCACUUCUUCCACUGCUCCUCUCUCUGUGCCUCCUACAGAUAAUGGCCAGUAUCUGGACAUCCGGGGGGUUUCAGAGCCUGAAACUGAACUGGACCCCCCUUCUACUCAGAACACAUCACAUCCCCACCCACAGUCCCACAACAAGCUUAAGAGUCGGCCUCCCGUCAAGUUUGAUCAACCUAACAGAAAGUUAUCCCCGGCCUUCCUACAAGCCCUGCUGUCCUUCUGCAGAAUGUGCUCCGACAGCCGCCUGGGGGCAGAGGUGUCCCGUAUAGCAGACAGCGAAGAGAGUGUGAUGUUGAUGCUGGGCCGCUGUCUCCCUCACAUUGUCCCUAACGUACUUCUAGCUAAACGAGAGAGAAUGGUUGCACAUCUUUGCCAGGAGUUGAUUCCACUCAUCUUGUGCACCGCCUGCCUUCACCCAGAGCCUAAAGAGAGAGACCAGCUCCUCCACAUCCUCUUUAACCUAAUCAAGAGACCAGAUGAUGAGCAGAGACAAAUGAUCUUGACGGGCUGUGUUGCAUUUGCGAGGCACGUGGGUCCCACACGUGUCGAGGCUGAACUACUUCCUCAGUGCUGGGAACAGAUUAACCACAAAUAUCCAGAGAGGAGACUGUUGGUGGCAGAAGCUUGUGGAGCCUUAGCACCAUACCUGCCUAAGGAGAUCCGUAGCUCCUUGGUGUUGUCCAUGUUGCAGCAGAUGCUUGCUGAGGAUAAGGCUGACAUGGUUAGAGAGGCUGUGGUCAAGAGUCUGGGUAUUAUCAUGGGUUACAUAGAUGACCCUGACAAGUACUCCCAGGGUUUUGAGCUGAUGCUGCUGUCACUUGGGGACCCAUCAGAGCGGGUGGUCAGUGCAGUCCACCAGGUCUUCAUUCCUGCCUUUGCUGCCUGGACCACGGAGCUGGGCACCCUGCACACUACUCUUAUCCCUUCUCUUUUGGCACGUAUAGAGAAACUACUUAUGCAAGGAGAACAUGGUCUGGAUGAACACAAGCUACACGUGUUCCUGUCGGCCCUGCAGUCUCUCAUCCCUCCCCUGUUUGCUGUGGUGCUGCAGAACGCACCCUUCACAAGCAGAGCCAAACUCGAUGGAGACACACCUGCAAUAGAGGUGACCCGAUUCCCCAGGCCAGCUUCUCCGCUUCAGGACGUUGCAACCAUCAUCGGCAGCAGAGAAAUGCUGAGUGCCCUACUGCUACUCUACGACCACCAGCUAGAGCUUGAAGGAACCACCGGCUGGGACAGCCUGCUAUGGGUGGUCAACCAACUCCUUCCUCAGCUCAUAGAUAUCGUGAGUCGUAUCAAUGUGACGUCAUCAACGUGUGUACAUGAGUUCUCUCGCUUCUUCUGGAGGUUCUGUCGCACCUUCGGCAAGAUUUUUACCAACACUAAGGUAAAACCACAGUUCCAAGAGAUCCUGCGACUGUCUGAAGAGAAUGUUGAUGCUUCAGCAGGGAACGAUAUUCUCACCAAAGCCACAGUCCCCAUCUAUGCCACUGGAGUGCUGACUUGUUAUAACCAGGAGGAGGAUCGCAAGUUAUUGGUUGGUUUCCUGGAGGAUGUUAUGACAACUUUGUCUUUGUCCCAUGCACCUCUCGACAGCCUGAAGGCCUCCUUUGUAGAGCUGGGUGCCAACCCAGUGUACCAUGAAUUGUUGCUGACUGUUCUGUGGUACGGGGUAGUUCAUACCUCUGCACUGGUUCGGUGUACUGCAGCACGGAUGUUUGAGCUGCUGGUGAAGGGGGUGAAUGAGACGCUGGUAGCUCAGAGAGUGGUGCCGGCUCUCAUCACACUGUCCUCCGACCCUGAAAUCUCAGUGAGGAUAUCCACUAUCCCUGCCUUUGGUACCAUCAUGGAGACUGUCACCCAAAAAGAGCUGCUGGAGCGUGUAAAAAUGCAGCUGGCAUCUUUCCUGGAAGACCCUCAGUACCAAGAUCAGCACUCUUUGCACAUGGAGAUCAUCAGGACGUUCGGAAGGGUCGGACCCAAUGCAGAGCCACGCUUUAGAGACGAGUUUGUUUUACCACACCUUCACAAGCUGGCACUGGCUAACAACAGCCAGGCGGUGGAGAGCAAGAGGAUUGACAUCGCCACCCAGCUGUUCGAGGCCUACAGUGCCCUCUCCUGCUGCUUCAUUUCUGAGGAGGUGAUGGUCAACCACUUCUUGCCUGGCCUCAGGUGUCUCCGCGCUGACAUGGAGCAACUUUCCCCUGAGCAUGAGGUUAUUCUGAGUUCUAUGAUCAAGGAGUGUGAAAUCAAGGUGGAAAAUAGAGGAAUGGCAGACGCACAAGGCUCCAUGUCCAUCGCCUCCAGUUUGGUGGGUGAGGAUGCAAAGACCAAGUUCUUAAGCAAGAUGGGUCAGCUAACCACCUCCGGCGCCAUGUUGGCCAACGUCUUCCAGAGAAAGAAGUGAUCGCAACACCGACCGAUCAACCACUGCAACUAACUGACGAUCCCCCUGCUGUCUUUGGGAGCAUUUCAUUUUACUGGAAAAGGCAUUGGUUCAGCUUAAAGUAGAAGAAAACCCAAGUGUAUUGUUUAUUCGAUUUCAAACAAUGGAGGUUUGCUGAAAGUUGUUGAUUUUAAAUCUCCAGUGCAGCAGGACUCCAUGCACUUUAAAGGUGAACAGCAAUGUUUUUUGCAGUUAAUGCUGAGGUUUUACCCUUCUGCUCAUUUUUUCUUCUCCUUAAUCGUGACAAAAGCCUUGUCGAGGACUAGGGAUUUGCUUUUAUGAAUCAGUGUUGUUAACAUUGUCAUUUCAGAAAGAAGGGAGAGAGAGUGAGAGAGAGAGGAAGAAACUGAACAGUAUUGACAUUCACCCAAAGUGAUAACAAGGGACUUGUUUCCUGGAUGUUUCGGGACUUGAAAGUAUCACAGAAUUUCAUUUCAUUUCAGUGCAGUACUUCUUGAAUCAGAAGAGCUUCACAAAGCUCUAGGAAACAAACCUCUGCUGGAUUUUAUUUCAAAUUUUAAACGCCAUUAUGGAGAAAAGGGUUGUGUGAUCUGUGGACAGAUGCAUUAACAUUUGUUUUUGAAUAAUUGUCCUGAAAAGGCAACAAAAGUCCAUUUAAAAUUGCCUUGUGCUGUGUAUCUGGACGGCUCAGAAGUAUCGCGUACUUGAAACUAUAAAAAAAGAAUUGUCUUGCCUUUAUUUCAUCAAAGUCUGUCUCUGGUUUUUGUUUUGAUAGCUUCUAUUUUAUAACUUAUUUAUGUCUUAAUGAAGAAAAAACACACCUUAUUCCAACUUCCAAAGAAAUUUGCACUUCACUUUACUAUUUUGUUCUUUAUUAUAUAUGUGUAUAUUUGUUUUAAUUCAGAGUCUUAUACAUAAUGAACAUCACUACUGUUAAUGGAUUUUUUUUUGUUUAUCCGUUUGGCAAUGUGUAGUUGAAGAGAACACUGGUCAUAAUUAUUCUCUCAAUGUCAGUUGCAUCUUGUCUCUGUGUUGCAGUGUCUCUGAUAAUUGUACUAUUUUUUUUCUAAAGUGGGUAUUUGGUUCUAUUUUUUUGUCGUUCUUUUUCAAUAUGCUCUAACAGAAACAGUAAAUAACUGUAUCAUACACUGAACUGAGGAGGAUGGUACUCAUUAUGUAUAUUUGAAAUUGGUGUCAUGGUGUAAUAAAAGAUGGAGAUCAA